AUUCUGCUAUCAUCCUUCAAUGUUUGUAAAAGCAAGAUGAAACAAUUCCUCAUGUUCCAAUUCUCUAAGUGUAUUAAUAACAUUAACAAUAAUAUUGGAUAAAUAUUGCUAAAUGAAGUUGUUGAAAAAGAAGGAUUUUGAUGGCAUCAUUUUGGAGACACAGGCUUUCAGACGAAGAUGAUGAGUUAGAUGAUGAUGUUGAAGAAACUUUACACACUCAAAAUAUUGAGAGUUUCGACACAGGGAAAGAACAAAAUGGACAACAUGUAUCUGAACGGGUGAUGUGCCGUAAAAGGGUUUCUGGAGAAGGAGUGAGGGCCACUGGGCGAUUUGAUUUGGAGAAAAAACUAUUUCAGCUGGAAGAAAAGCUGGACAAUUUGAAAGAAGAAAAUGAAAUACUGAAAAUUGAAUUAAAGCGACUUCGAAUGAAGAAAAAUAAUAGACGGCCUAGUAGAGAAACUGAUCAAUAUUACCUUGGACUUAGGCUCACUCAUGGGAUAGAUUCAGAAAAAAAUCAUGCUCAUUUUCAACAAAAGGUAGAAGAGAGAUUUAUGGAACUGGAGAGACGAAUAGACAAGCUUGAGAAAACAGAAUCAAAAUAUCCAACUCAGUUAGGGGGGAAAAAGGAUGAAAUACUUAUGAAAUUUGAUAAAGGAGAAGGGUUUAUUGAACAAAAAAGAAUUGCAUUUCAUGAUAAUGCGUCAAAUGAAACAAGUCCUAUCCAUGGCAAUCAAAAUCAACCAAAUAAAGAGAGAUCCAAAAAUUGUAAAGCAUCCAAAACUAAAGGUGCAGGUCAUGCUAAUGCAAAGCCCGCUGUGCCUAGCGACCAGGACAUAGCUGAGACUGUUCAAUGGUGUGUAAGUGAGAAUGAUAAUACACAGUUUUUAAAAUAUGAAGGCUCGUUUAAGUGCAAGUGGCCACUAUCCCAAUUCUUUCAUUUUUGCCUAAAUGACACAUUGAAACACAUGCUCAAAUUAGUUGAAGUGACCGAAUUUUUAUCAAAGGAAACUAAAAUCUCGAUUAGAUUUGAAGGUAGUGUAUACGAAACACCCAGAGUACUUCAAAGAUUACAAGAUCUAAAAGACAAUGUGAUUUCUGAGACCUGGAAUUUAUUGGAUCAUUUCAAAAGACAUGAAGUUUUAUUGAUUCAAAAAAGUUUUGAAGGUGGGCAAAUGAAAGAGAAAAUAGAUAGUUACAAAUACAAGGACAAGUUUCUGGUUAUUGCAGAGUUCCCCAAGUUUGUUUUGGCCUCACAUUUUAAUCCAAAAUUUCAUCAGACUAAUCAGCUCUCUCAAACCAGUAUUGAUUCAAGAGAAGCCCAGUUAAUGAAAACGCAAAGCCCGUGGCUUUUACCUGCCGAUAAAUUUGGUUUCGUCGCUUUGAGUCCACCCCACUAUAUGACUCAUGACUCUGAAAGUGAAAGUGAUGACAACGUAAGUUCUGAUGACAACGUAAGUUCUGAUGACAACGUAAGUUCUGAUGACAACGUAAGUUCUGAUGACAACGUAAGUUCUGAUGACAACGUAAGUUCUGCUGAUAUGCUCACUCCGAAACAUGUGUGUGCCAUACAAGCUACAAGCAAUGCUGUAAUCAGUGUCACAACCCUAAAUGGAGUUAAUAGUCUAGAAUCUGUUAAGAACAAGAUAGUCAAAGAUAUACGCGAGACGACUCUACAGGUUGAUUAUUUUAACCAAAACUUAUUUUAUCAUUUGUCACACAUAUCUGAGGAAAAAAUUCUAAAAGAAGCAAUGAGGUUAUCAGUCUGGGCUGAACGAUCCAUUUACCCCAAAACCAAACAUGUGGGAUUCAAGUUGACAGGAGAAAAGAGGGCUAUUGCUCAGAUUAAAAUAUUUAUUCAACAGGUAUUGCUUGAAGAAUCAAGUCAUUUACCAAAGAAAAGAUUAACUUCCGAUAAGGCCCCUAGAAGAGGAACUGUUGAGUUCAUGAGAUAUGCGGCUGAUAGUGAUGAGCCUAUACCCUCAUACUGGAGUCUUAAUAAGUCCAUAAAGUUUUGGAGCAAUUUACGAAAUGGUAUUUAUUGGGAAAAUAGUAAAAGGCUUUUAGUUAAAGUAGAUACAGAAACCAAGGAUGCAAUCACAAAACUUGUUGCUGAAACAUUGGAUUUAAAUCAUGUUGGCCUCGGGAAGGAUGCAACGGGAUUACGGUAUGCCAGUCUUAAAGUUCUUAAUGUUAGAAGAGUAGAAAAUCCUAAACUGUUUGAACUUUAUCGAUUAAAAAGAAAAAGUCUCAUUGAUAAAAUGGUUUGGAAAGGAAAAAUCUGCCCAGACAUUGGAAAACUUACAGGCUCAAAAGGACAAGUUUUUACAACAGAGCUACUAAGUGACUCGAUGAAAAAAGAGCUGUACCAUGAAGUAAACGAACAUUAUUUUUUCCAUGGAACGAAAUCAGAUACAGUAAGUGCUCUUAUUCACAAUGGCCUUGACCCAUGGCUUUCUAAUGGAGCUGCCGUGUUUGGGAAAGGAAUUUAUGCCGCCGAGAGAGUUACAAAGUCUGAUCAAUAUUCAGGUAAAAAAUUAUUUUCUACGUAAACUUAUAUUUUAUAAGACUCAAACCAUAAUUUUUGUCCUUAUAAAUAUUUAAUUCACAUCAACAGUAUUCCCUUUAAAAUAUCCUAACAUUAUUAAUUUAAAUUCUUAAAGCAAAUUAAAUUGAUAUUAGAGUAGAUCUUUAAAAACGGAACAACACACAAACAAAUAACCCUCCAACCCCCCCCCCCCCCCCCNCCCCCCCCCAAACGCACACACGUACAAACUGCAAGAUGAUAGUAAAAUAAUUAUUUUCACCGUUAACAAUGUCCUGGCUUUCAAAUAAACUUUAAUCAUUGAUUAGAAAUUAGUUCAUUUAAUUUUGUGACUAUUUAUUAUUUGUUUAAAUAGUGUGUUGUGUUUUAUUAUUUGUAAAAUAAAAAAAAAAUACUGCACGAUAAUGGAUUUGAUUCCAAUUUAAAAAAAAAAUCAUUUGAAGUUAGUUAUUCAGAUUUAUUUCUCGUAUCUCUCCAUCUGUCAUUUUGAGAUCGGAUGACUUCUUUUUAUAACAAUUAAAUAUAGUUAAAUACGAUUUUUUUCAAACAUAGAUUCGAAACAACAAAGAACACCCAAGGGCACAAAGCUGACUCUUAUAUUGACGAGGAUGCUUCUAGGAAAUGUGUUUAUUUGUGAUAGCAAUCAUAUAUCUGUACGAUGCAAAGGUAAACCUUGUUUAUUUCAUUUUAUUUCAUUGAGCGUAUACACAAAUUAGUAGGCUGAGUUUGGACGGAACUUAACAAUUAUGGAAAUUUAAAUUUAAUAACUUAACAACGCUGAGCAGGGUUUCUUUCAGCUAUAUCUCCGGGGGGAGAGGGGCACUCCCCCCCCCCCCCCGCCAACCCCCUGUGCCCCCCCGGGAAAGCCAAUUGUCCCCCCGGAGCAAAAAUAUGUCCAUCAAUAAAUCAACUGGCACUGCCCCCACCCCGAAAAAUCUGAAGUGUCGUCCCCCCCCCCCUCCGGGGGAGAAAUUUCUGAAAUAAACACUGCCGCUGAGACAGGGUUGCCAACUCAAAUACAUAAAGUAAUAAACUGUACCGACCAAUAUCAGAACAUUUACGGACAAGCAAAUUAUUUACAGAUACAUAUUUAAAAUAAACCUUCAAAGCAUAUUAUUGUAACUAUUAAAAAAACAACAUUAGGCUUUUAUUAUUUUUUUUUAUACUUGAUUAUUAUCUUUUUAAAUUUUUGUUGUUGUAAACUAACUGAAAACAUCAACUUGGUUUAAUUUAACAGCAAGCAGAAGAUUGACUCGCCCCCCUUGUAUGUCAUGUUCCGAAGACAUCUGCAAAUGUGGAGACCGAACUUUCUUCGAUUCUGUGAUGGGAGAUGGCAGGUGGCUCUUCAGAGAGUUUGUUGUCUACGAGAGUUCUCAAUGCUAUCCUGAAUAUGUGAUCACCUAUAAGCGAGUCUGAUACGCCGAGAAAAGUACAAGCAUUUCAUAAUAACAAUUUACGUAUUUUUUAAUGUUCAAUGACUAUCUGUUAUUGUCUCAGGCAGUUGACUGAAUAACUGAAUAUUUUUUUAUCUUCGCUAAGUUAAAUACCAUGAAUAUCCACCCCACUUUACACUGAGCCACACAGAGGUUUUCUUUGUUUCCCCAGAGCUUGGGACAACCUUUAUGUUAACUACUUUGUCAGUUUAAAAGCAUAGUGAUGUUGCCGUUCAAGAAAUAGCAACUGGGCUCACCAUAGACUCCGUCUUUGUGCAUUUACAAAAUUAAUCUGCUCAGAUGCACAAUUGCUUUUACACUUCCAUUCACAUUGCUUGAAAUAUCUUUCUCAUAAAUAUGAAACGUAAUAAAUGUUUAAUCUCAUAAAAUUCUAGCAAUUAUUUAUGCGACUGAUAUAUGUUUUUUUCACGUACUUUCAAUAUUGAAAUUGUAUUUUUUUUCUUUUUGCUAUAAUUUUCCACGUGGAACACUUCGUAAAGCUCAUGUCGGAGAAUCAGGCCAGAUUUUUAAAAGUGCCUUGUUUUUAUGUUGUCUUGAAUAGUGAUGGCUCUCUCUGUGAUAAAAGUUCCUAUUAAAAUUUCAUAAACUAGUUAAUAUUUACUAAUAUAUUGUAACUGCUAAUUGAAAAUCAAAAUCGAAGACUUUGAAAAAAAUGAUUUAAAUGUCUUUCCUCUACAACGUUUUCGCCAUAAAUAGGAGUUGUCUUUAAAAGAAACGACUUGAGUACCCGGGUAUUCAAUGUUAUUUUCACAACAUAUAUAUUCUUCAGUGGGAUUUUCGAUUUAAAAUACAAGGUAGAUACAAUGAUUUUAAAGAUUUCAUAGCAUGUCCUAUAAUACUCAUUAAAAUUAUUUAUUUAAAAAAAUAUAUAUAUUUUUUUUACAAAUUCCCACAUUUUUACGAAAUUCAUUUAGUAGUUUGCAUUACAGCAUGGAAAAUCCAAAAAGAACUGCUUACAUUUAUGGAACGCUGAAUGCCAUUAAACUGACAAUGAUUAAUCUCAUUGAACUGCUUAUAUCUCGGGUAAGCUGAACGCCAUACAACUGACAAUGAUAAACACCUCAUAUAAUCAAAUAUGUAUACUACGUUUAAUCCAAUAAAGCUAUUUUAUAUAUUUCUAGGCUCCGCGAACUAACCGAACAGGUUAACCGCCCCUCGGACACCACGGAAGGCUGGACUAUGGUGUGCCCCC